AAAUACGUAUCACUGGGCGAUCCUCCGCAAGGCGGUACGAGACGUCUAUAGCCUGACCACCUCCACGAAGUCUCUCUCAGAGCGUCCAAAAUCAUGAAACGCUCCUCUUCACAAUCAGCAGCAUCUGACGAUAGUGCCCACCGCUCCUUUUGGCAGUUUUGCUGCAGUGGUGCCUUGUUGAACUUUUUUCGCGAUUGCAGGCUGAGGCUUGCAGCUGAGUAGCUGACACUGCUUCCUGUUUCGUUCCAGUCACUUGAAAAUUUUAAAUUUCGACGUUUUUAAUGUAUUUUCGGUUGAGCUUUAUAAUUUUUUUCAUGCGUAAAUUUUUUAGCGCAUCUUCUGUCGAUUCGUUUCAGCAAAAUACCCAACGACUGAGCCACUGAGCAGUCUGAUCUGUUGGUGACAACUAGGCGUUCGUAGUUGACGUUUUUCGGACCUGCGGAGUUAGUGAACCAUCGUCUCCUGUUGUCUUCUAAAGCAUUGUUAGCGUUGCUUUUCGACAUUGACAAUGCCUCCGCGAGGGAACCCAGGAGAAAACCAUACGAAGAACAUUUCCAGUCUGACAGGCAAGGCCAUUCGUCAUGCCGAGGAUGAAGGUGAAACCAGCGUCAAGAAACGCCGUUACGGCAAUGUUCUAGUCGCUCCGACGCCGGACAUCACGGCCAGUUCAACGGAUGAGAGUGACGUGACUGAGGUGUUUCCCAGUGAACGCAGAUGGAGAAGCUUUGCCACGGAGUACAAUUGCCAUGUCCGAUUGGCCAGUGUAGCGCUCAAAGGCGUGUGCAUCAAAGUCCACUUGAAAGAGAAUCAUGAAGACAACGAAUGGAUGAUCGUUAUCGAAGAUACCAAAGAAUUCCCAGACGGAUUGCAGAUCAGUGCGCUCGCGGUUGAGCACUUUGCGUACGUUGAGAAGUCGCUGUUCAUCAUUACACCGACCGCCGAAUUCUUCCAGCGUACCUUGGACAAUGCUCCCGCCAUCGCUGAUCUCCUUCAAAACGGUGACGACGCUUUGAUUCGCUGCAUUUUGAUUACAUUUGACAAAGACUCUUCCGAUUUAUUUGCGAAGUUUGGACGAAAAGUUAGGGAAGGGCGCAUUCAUGCUGUGAAGUUGUCAGAGGAGGACGGAAAAAGGUGCCUGAAGGAAGCCAUUGGUGCUGACGCCAAACUGGCCAAGGCGGUUGCGUCUUUGUCGCAGUCAAAGGCUGCGGAAUCGACCGUGAACGUGCUGGAGUCGGAGCAGUCGGCGCCGUCGUGCCCGAAUCCAUUCAGUAUUCUCGUGGAUUUGCUUGGAGUAGCGGCAUUUCUGGGAAAAGAAGCAAUACUCUGUUUUGUGCCGACGAAGAGAGCUCUGAAAAUUUUUCCCAGUAAGUACGCUCGUCCAAAGAGUUAUAUGUGUGUGGACGCUAGUAAAUUUGAAUACUACCAGUAUGAUCACAACACCGGCGCUUUUCACUUGUCCAUCAAUGACAACAGCGCUGCAGAUAUCGCACAGGAGCUGAUUAAAUUGUCUGACGCAAAAGAUCUUAUGGAACCAGGUGUUAAAUGUCGUGGAUCCGCUAUCCGUGCAAUUUUGAACGAGACUGUUAACCCUGUUUGGCUGGGAGAGACUUUAGAUUCUCUAGGGAUUCCUCAUGAGGAGCUUCCGAAGGAUAAUUUGGCCAAAGCCCUUUUUCCGAAUAUUAAAGACAUAGGACUUCCUCGUGCUCUUCAUGUUAAUGGGACGUCAGUGAAAGGUCCAUUGGAUGAUAUUGUACCGGUGGAUAACUCUUUACAACCCGAAAAGUCGCAUUUGAAUCCUGUUUCUGUCCCCACUAGACCCAAUAAACCCAAGACCAUUUGGCCUACAAUGGUUUCUGCGCCAAAGGAUGUUCGGCAGUCAAAUGGAUUGCUACCACCGUCAAACAUAGAUCUUCGUAUGUUUGAUACAUCCCAGCAUCCAUCAUUGCGUAAAGACACUUCGAACGCUGCACGAAACCCGAAAUUAAGCCGUAGUGUUCAUGUACCGACUGCACCACGACAACGAACUCUCAGAAAUGAUUCUACAAAGGAGAACAAGAAGAUGCGAACGAUUGAAAAUGAGCUGCCUGGAUCUCUUUAUUCUUAUGAAUCUCGGCCGGUGGCGGUUAUACCGCUUUCCUCGCAACGAGCUCGCUUGAAUGCUCGCUCGAAUCCACAGAUCAGUGUUACUGUUGCGCAGUCUGAUAAAUCAGUUACCAAACUGAUCAUCGAUACCAAAUACCUUCAAAAUCCAUUUAAGAAGUCGAUAAUUGAUGCCCUGAUUGAGCGAAUGGAGCAAGCGACUGUGUCCGGCAAUCCUCGUCGCUCGAUUACUUCCGGGUCGCAAAGUAAUGCCAUUGUCCCGAAUCCAAUUGUCAGCAACGGCGACCCCGUCUGCAUUGAUCUGUCGGAGGACGAUGAGCCGAACUCGAGCGGCAGUGGGGAUCUCAUGGGAAGUAGUGCAUUUGUGGCUGAAUGUCCAGAUGGGGCGCAUGAAAUUUUUCGUGAUGUACAUUUGUUUGAUUCGGUUAAGCUGGGCAAUGGAGAGAUCACCGCCGGAGAAAUCUUUCAGCUUGCCAAAGGACAGCAGCUGGGCGAUGGUGUGGUUCAGUUCCUGUUAGAAUUCUUCGAUAUGAGUACCCCGCGAUCCGAUCGUAUUCAUGUUUUCAGCUAUUUUUUCUUCCAAAGCUAUUUGGGUGCCGUGGGUCGAGAGAAUCAGUCGUUCACUGUCAUGACCGAAGCAGUUUACCGGCGUCUACUGGAUCAUACGCGCAAAGUGGAUCUGUUCAGCUGUCGAUAUUUGGUGAUUCCCGUGCUUAAAGACCAGCAUUGGUAUCUGGCCAUUGUGUGCAGUCCCAACCCUUUAAUGGAGGCUGAAACGAAAAAACGGCUCCAAGCAGAAACAGUGCCUGGUAAUUAUGGAUUCCCUUGUUUCAUCCGGUGCGGGAACGCGCCAUAAGGAAACCUUCACCCUAAUCCAGCUAUGGCUGGAGAAAGAGUACGAGCAAAAGUUCAAGAAAGCACAUUCCUUUGCGCCUAAACUCUAUCCCCGCAUGAUCGUGUCCAUUCCUCAGCAGCAAAACGGCGUAGAUUGUGGCGUUUUUAUGCUUCAAGCGUGCAACAUUUUUCUGAAGGAUCAACCAGUUUUUCAUCCAACAAAGGUCAAGGAUAAUAUCUUUUCUGGGCGCAGUCCCAAGGUUCCAGAGUGGUUUGGAGCGGAUGUGGUCUGUGUGCAGAAAAUGCGAUUGCAGUUUCUGCAUUUUUAUUACCACAUUGCAUGUUGGAAAAAACAUUUUGUGUACCGGGAUGAUUAUAUUCCUACAUUAAUUGACGAAGUUGGGCAAGAAAAUGAGUUGAUGGAUCAGGCGACUCGAACCGCUUCGUACGAUGACAUCGAACCUUCAAAACCAGAGACAGAACGGAAAAUGGGUGAAUCUUUGUCUGCGCCCAAACCUGGCGCUGUACCGCAGCCAGCGGCUGUGCCGGUCGCUGAAAGUUUUGCUAAGAUUUAUCAGACUGUCCAAACCUUGCACAAACACGGAGUGCUGACACCGGCCGACCAAGAUUUGUACAUGAGGGCUGGAUAUCUGCCUACUCCAGCGCAGCAGCAGAAGACAACGUACACUCCGGCCGAAAAGCUGAAAAUUGUCCUAGAGCGCCGAAAACAACGACGACUACAAGUAGAGAAGGAAGCCCGUGAAGCUGUUCAGAAGGAGCAAGAGAAGACAGCGGAAGAAAUGUAUCAAGAAUUUUUAGACUCUUAACAGUAGCGGGUCUGUCCUGGUGAUGAUACUUAAUUGUCUUGGUUGACCGAACAAAACAUGUUUUUUUUAAAUCGUGUAGUCGCUUCAGUAAUUUUGUCGAAUCUUCCCUUAUCCAGAAGCUACUGUAAACUGCGUCGAGGUUUUUAGUGUUAUUGUGUUAAACAGAAAUGGUUCCUGCUUUUGUGUACGUAUCUUUUUUGCCCAAGGUUCUCUGUGUUAAUUUUAGAAUGCUGCAGUUACGGCACUUUACGAAUAACGUCUUCGGAAAAAUGCUAUGUGAAUUUGAUAUGUGUCAACUAUGUGUAGGUACCGCGCCAACUACCGAUCGCGAUUACUACUUUUAAUAUUUCAUAGAAUGAUUCCGUAACAAAAAAAUUCUACCGGCAUUGCAAGAUCUAUGAUACUAAAGAUUCUCAAAAUCAAAAGAAUUUAACAACACAACAAAAUAAUGGCACUUGGAAGGUAUGCCGAU